AGCAACAGGUCUCAGACCCCCAGGCGGAGCGGCGGGCGCCGGACCCCAGGCGGAGCGGCGGGCACCGAGUCACCAGGCACGACAGUGGGCUCCGAGUCAACUGGCAUGACCGCUGGCACUGGGUCAGACAUUGGAUCGUCUGGCUGGACAGCGAGCAUCAGGUCACCAGGCAUCAGGUCAUUUGGCUCAACAGCGGGCACCGCGUCAUCUGGCAAGGCAGUGGGCUCCGAGUCAACUGGUAUGACCGCGGGCACUGGGUCAGACAUUGGAUCGUCUGGCUGGACAGCGAGCAUCGGGUCACCAGGCAUCAGGCAUUGGAUCGUCUGGCUCGACAGCGGGCAUCGGGUCACCAGGCUGAGGAGAGGCAUCAGGCUGGGUACAGGCAUCAGGCUGGGUACAGACCUCAGGCUGAAGUGCGGGUGCCGAGGCACCAGGCUGAACCACGGAAGGCAGGUUCUCAGGCGGCAGGCUCACCGGUUUGGAUACUGGCAGGAUGGUAUUGGUUGGAAAGAAUUUUCGCUUUUUUCUGGUUUUAACUACUGGAGCACUGCAAGUGAACGCAGGUCUGCAAACGAAUGGAGCAGCUGGAGACAGAGAAGAGCUGGAGGAUGGAACAGAGGAGGGAGCAGUUGCUACAGAGGGCUUUUUUUACAAGGUUAAAGGCAGGAUAGGUGCAGCGAGUGGGACACAGGGUACUGACAUGCGGUAGAUAGCAGGGCA